AUGGUUACUAGUGUUGGCGCCGUAAAUCCGAUCCAAGAAUGGAGUAUUGAAUACAAACCCUACUGGUUCGAUACUAUCAAACUACUUAAAUCCCCGAUCUCGGGCAUCCUUCGCAUUAUGGAUGAUUAUUACAUAGACACCGAAUAUUGUCCCAUUUCCGAGAAAGAAGAUGUUUUGGGGACCGGGGAGUCGCUGGAGCGUUACGGCAUAAUAUUGCAAAGAAUUCUCCCAAUGUUCAACGAAACGCUUCCAGACAUUUCCCAAAAUGGCAGCGAGAUUGAUCUGAGGGUCUGGAAGGAAGUCGGAGAGACAAUCUCCGCAUAUCUUCAAGUACUGGAAAGGCUAUACCCCGAAAUGGCAAGUGCGGGCCUAUGGCUAGCCCGGAUUCCUAGUUACAAUUAUGCCGGAAACAGUUUUGAGACUCAGGAACAAGCCUUGCUUUGUUUAAUAGUCAAUUGCACAUAUUAUGAUAAAUCGGAAAAGCCUUUACAGAAGGAUGAAAUUGAGGCUAGGUACACCGUUAGAUUUGACGAAGGUGCACAGCAGAAAUUCGUCGACGCUGUUGAGGAGAUUUGGGUCAAGUUUGAACUACAUCUCAAUAUUAUUGAUAGUUUAGCGGCUCUCAAUCCACCAUUGCAAUUGACAUAUUCAACCCGACUAAACUACAUUCCUACACCUCAAGAAGCAGUUCGCGACAUGUGCCACUGGAAGUACUUUCACAAUUGCAAGAAAACUCUCAACAAAUGGGAGAAAUUGACCCCGGGUCCUUUUGGGGACUGCAAGUGCAACGAGGAGGCCGAAUUAAUCGAAGUCAAAACAUGUGUCGCGUCUUGUGUCCUCACCAGGGGGUAUAAGCCUUGUGACCCACAGAAAGAUGACAUCCCACCUGAAGCACAUACACGAAACGAGCUUAAGGAAGCAGUUCGGGACUACAAGGAUGGAAAAAUCCGCGCAACUGAUUUGGUCAAGACAUUCUUGGGGUGGCUAGGGAGAUGA